CCGCCUUGCGCCGGGACGAGGAGCGCCGCGGGAAGCACGGGCCGUGGAGAGGGCGCUGCGCUCGGGCUACCCAAUGCGUGGACUAGCUGCAGCCGCUGCUCGUGCAAUAUGCUGGAGCUCCAGAACAUCUAAACGGAGUCGCCACACCGCUGCCUGGGCUGGAUCACCGCGCUGCCUUUCCUUAUGAAGAAGACACAAACUUGGAUUAUCACUUGCAUUUAUCUUCAACUACUCCUAUUUAAUCCUCUGGUCAAAACUAAAGGGAUCUGCAGGAACCGUGUAACUGAUGAUGUGAAAGACGUUACAAAAUUGGUGGCAAAUCUUCCGAAAGACUAUAAGAUAGCCCUCAAAUAUGUCCCCGGGAUGGAUGUUUUGCCUAGUCAUUGUUGGAUAAGCGUGAUGGUGGAACAGUUGUCAGUCAGCUUAACUGAUCUUCUGGACAAGUUUUCAAAUAUUUCUGAAGGCUUGAGUAAUUACUCUAUCAUAGACAAACUUGUGAAAAUAGUGGAUGACCUUGUGGAGUGCAUGGAAGAACACUCAUUUGAGAAUGUAAAAAAAACACCUAAGAGCCCAGAACACAGGCAUUUUACCCCUGAAGAAUUCUUCAGAAUUUUUAAUAGAUCCAUUGAUGCCCUCAAGGACUUGGAGACCGUGGCAUCUAAAACUAGUGAAUGUGUGGUUUCUUCAACAUUAAGUCCUGAAAAAGAUUCCAGAGUCAGUGUCACAAAACCAUUUAUGUUACCCCCUGUUGCAGCCAGCUCCCUUAGGAAUGACAGCAGUAGCAGUAAUAGGAAGGCCUCAAACCCCAUUGGAGACUCCAACUUACAAUGGGCCGCCAUGGCAUUGCCAGCAUUCUUCUCUCUUGUAAUCGGGUUUGCUUUUGGAGCCUUAUACUGGAAGAAGAGACAACCAAAUCUCACAAGGACAGUUGAAAAUAUACAGAUUAAUGAAGAGGAUAAUGAAAUAAGUAUGUUGCAAGAAAAAGAGAGAGAGUUUCAAGAGGUGUAAUUGUGG